UGAUGUCUGUCAGUAGACUGUACUUCAGAUUCUGUUCCUGCAGCAGAGCUUCAGUCCGUCUCUAAUCAGCAGCAGAUCUUACAGCUGGAAACGUAGGAUCUAAACAGGAGAUUUUUGCACUUCACGAAGGUUGAUGUUUCUCAAUGAACGAAAUUAUGGACGUCUGGAGAACAGAGAAAAUAAUUCUACUCUGCUUUCUUUUAAAAGGUGUUUUCUGUAGACAUCUUAGCAUCACUCUGCCAGAGAAGAUUGAAGCUCUCAGUGGAUCCUGUGUGAUCAUAAAGUGCACGUUUGACUUUGAUAAAGAAUUUGACAAUUACCUUAAUGAGAAUGAUGCUACAGGACUGUGGCUCAAAGAUGGAACUAAUGAUGUUACACAUCAAGUGUUUAACUCCAGAGAUCCCAAACCUAAUCACUUUAAUGGGAAAAUAACUGGAAAACUACAUGAGAAGGACUGCACCACUGUCUUUUAUAAUGUUAGCUCAAAGCACAAUGGUACAUAUUACUUCAGGUUUAAGAGUGGAGAUCUGAGAUACACCUACAAACAAAACUUCUCCACUAUAAAUGUCAUUGAGUCUCCUCCCAAACCCAGAGUGCAGCUGUCUGUGGAGCAGAAGGAGGUGCAGGGUCAGGAGGAGGUGUUGGAGGGGAGCUCUGUGAGUCUGCGCUGCUCUGCUGAGACUCUCUGCUCCUCUCCUCCACCAACUCUCACAUGGAGCUCCUCUCCCAGAAUCCCCCUCAGUGAGAGCAGCAGACUACAGGAGCUCAUCUCUGAUCUGAACUUCACUGCUACUCACCGUGAACACGGAGUCACUUUCACCUGCACUAUAACCUACCAGCUACAGGACAAGAACAAAACAGAACAGGACAGCAUCACACUACAUGUUCAGUAUUCACCCAAAAACACAGCAGUGUCUGUGAUUCCCUCCAGCUCUGUGUUGGAGGGCAGUUCAGUGACUCUGAUCUGCAGCAGUGAUGCAAAUCCAGCAGUGAACUACACCUGGUCCAGAGAGAGUGAAGGACAGUUGAAGCAGCUGCAGACUGGAGACACUCUUACCUUCAAUAGGACCGACCCGACACACAGAGGCUGGUACCACUGUACAGCUCAGAACCAACACGGCAGCCAAAACUCAUCAGUGAUGCUGGACAUUCAGUAUUUUCCUCAGAUCUCUACUUCUUCCAGCUGUAGCAGAACUGAUGUAACUGUGUGCUUCUGUGAGGCUGAUGGGAAUCCCUCUCCUGAACUGGAGUGGCGUCUGUCUGGACGUCCUGUCACUAACACUUCAAACACAUUUAUCAGUGAAGAGCGAUUGAGCAGCACAGUCUUGAGGAGCUCCAUCACUCUUCAUCAGUCUCUCACACACACAUCCAUUCUGCAGUGUGUCAGCAGAAACACUCGAGGAACUGAUGAAAAACUGUUUGAUCUGGUUCUCACUCCUCUGCAGCGUACAGGAUGUCAUCAAGUUACAAUUCCCCUGCUGAUCAUUCUGGUUCUGUACGCUAUGACUGUUGGACUUGGACUCUACAAAAUGAGACAAUUGUCUGCAAAGCUAAAGGCUCAGAAUGAGGCAGUAGAAACAUAUGCUUCUCUUCAGCUCUCUGCUCCAGUCUCUGAAUAUGAGACUUUGAACAUUAAGAGAGAAAAACAUGUAUAAUGAUGAAAGCCAAAACAUCAAAUGCCAUGGAUGGCAGGAGGACUGUCUGGAAAGUAUCCAGCAUUGUAAUAUGAAAAAUAGAAACAUUUAUCAAAGAAGAUGCUAAACGUAAUAAACAUUUUACGAAGGACAAUUAUUAAUAAACAUUGUACGAAGGACAAUUAUGCCUCAGUCCUUUUCAAAGUAGGCACCUUGGGACCUCACACAGUUCUCUCAGCGUCUCUUCCACUGUUCAGAACAGUCUGCAAAAUAAUUUGUUGGAAUUGCUACCAGCUCUUCAUAUUCCUGAACCUCUCCUUUAGGUGUUGUAUUAAAAGUAUGGAUCUGAAAAUGUUUUAUAAAUGCGUGAAUGUUGAUCAGGAAGCUGAAAGUGUUGCCUCUUUUAUUUUUUAAUACUGAAGAUGAUAUUGACUGAUAUUAAUGUCACAGUUUACAUGAGUUUGAUUUAGCAAUGAUUUUUUCAUUGUGUUAAUAAAAUCAGUCAAUUGUAAUUUUAAACUGUCAA